GUAUUGCAAUCUGGCAAGAAGAUUUUAAGUCAACAUUUUGUUAACUUAGCACAAACUAUUAGCUCUUCAGGACCCACUCAAGGAAUUUUGAGAGCAACUGCACAUGGAGCAAGUGGUCCCUGCCCUUUCAUAACGCGUCUCCCUGCUCCUUUUGUGCGUAAUUAUGGUCGAUCUGUAGUGGAAAUGUAUAUGGAUAAAUGUCCUUACAUGACCCGAUUCUUUGCAACUGCUGCAACAACAGAAGGUUCAGAAAAAAAUCCAAGUGAGGAUCAAAAAUGCCCAUUUCUUUCUUCUGUUAAACCAACUAUGAAGGCUGCAAGUGAUGAAAUGCAACAUGAUAUCAUAGAUCUGACAAAGGAAAAAUCUUAUGAGGAAAAAAGAGGUCAAACUUUUGAUUAUGAAGACUUUUUCCUGGAACAAAUUGGAAAGAAAAAAAAGGAUCAUUCAUACAGAGUAUUUAAAAAAGUUAAUCGCUUGGCUGAUAACUUUCCUCAGGCAUUUGAAUUUACUGAAGGAUCUCGCCCUAUAACAGUGUGGUGUAGCAAUGACUAUUUGGGAAUGAGUAGACACCCUGAAGUUAAAAAAGCUGUUAAGGAAACUAUUGAAGCUCAUGGAGUUGGUGCUGGAGGAACUCGUAAUAUAUCUGGAAAUAGUUUAUUUCAUGAAAAGCUGGAGAAAGAAUUAGCAACAUUACAUCAAAAGGAAGCUGCACUUCUAUUUACAUCUUGUUUUGUUGCUAAUGAUUCAACCUUAUUUACAUUAGCCAAAUCUUUACCAGGAUGUCAUAUAUUUUCUGAUGCUGGAAAUCAUGCAUCAAUGAUACAAGGCAUACGAAACAGUGGAGCAAUAAAACAUAUCUUUAAACAUAAUGAUCCUAAUCAUUUGGAAGAGUUGUUAAAAUCUGUUGAUAUAUCUGUUCCUAAAAUUGUUGCAUUUGAAACUGUUCAUUCGAUGACAGGUGCUGUUUGUCCCUUAGAAGAACUUUGUGAUGUGGCUCAUCGUUAUGGAGCUUUGACAUUUGUUGAUGAAGUGCAUGCUGUUGGAUUAUAUGGGAAACAUGGAGCUGGUAUUGGGGAGAGAGAUAAUGUUUUGCACAAAAUGGAUAUUAUAUCAGGAACUCUGGGUAAUUAUGACUUUUUUUCAAAUUACAUUAUAAGUGAUUAUCAAAUAUGUUAAAAACUUUAAUUGAAA